AUGGCUCCUUUGAAAGUCCUCAUCUGCGGCGGAGGCUGCGCUGGCCCAGCACUAGCUUUCUGGCUAGCCCAAACCGGCCACCAAGUGACUAUUGUCGAGCGCUUUCCAGCUCUCAGAUCUGGAGGUGCACAGAUCGACCUGCGCGGUGCAGGAAUUGAAGCCGUCAAGCGCAUGGGGCUCCUUGAGGCCAUCCAGGGCAAGCUUGUCGACGAACGAGGUACAGCUAUAGUGGACUCCAAUGGCAAUGUCAAAGCUACCAUCAUGGCCAACAAAUCUGGCCAGGGCGCCCAGACUUUGACGUCUGAGUAUGAGAUUAUGCGAGGCGACUUGGUGCGCAUACUCAAUGAAGCGACCAAGGACAAUGUACACUACAUGUUCGGCAAAACAGUUGAGAGCUUUUACCAAGAUGAAAAGCAAGUCAUUGCUCGUUUCUCAGAUGGCUCCUCGGGCACAUAUGAUAUUCUCGUCGGUGCUGACGGUCAGGGUUCACACAUUCGAAGAGCGAUGUUGUCUCUAGAUAGUCCUGACCCUUACUAUCGGUUAGGGACCCAUGUGGCCUACUAUUUUAUUCCGCGCAUCAAGUCAGAUACCAACAUGAAGACAGUGUACAAUUGCACCGGGGGACGCAUGAUUAUGCGUCGAAGCCAUAGCCCGACCGAAACACAGGUCUUGCUCUUUCUAAAGGACGACUCUCCUGAGAUAUCAAGCCUUUCCAAGGCCUCGGUUGAACAGCAGAAGGCCUUCUGGGCUCAGCGAUUUCGCGAUGCCCGAUGGCAGACCGACAGAUUUCUUGCAGGUAUGGAAGCCACAGAUAACUGGUACUGCCAGGAAGUCGUACAAGUGCGCACAAAUACAUGGCAUCAGGGUCGAGUAGUGCUUCUUGGGGAUGCUGCACACUGCCCAUCGCCCUGGAGUGGAAUGGGCACCUCGAGUGCUCUUGUCGGGGCAUACGUCUUGGCUGGAGAGAUCAAUCGGCACCCAGAUGAUCUCGCUCAAGCCUUUGUGGCCUAUGACAAAGUUCUACGACCAUAUGUGAAUGAGUGUCAAGAAGUUCAUACUUCGUUGAUCAAGCUGGCCAUGCCGAAAUCUUGGUGGGGAGUUGCUAUUCUCCGGUUCGUCUUUCGGGCGUCAUGCUUUCUUCGUCUGCCCGAGUUGAUGUCGAGAUUCUCGACCGAAAGGGACGGUGGUUGGCAGCUUCCUGAUUUUGCAGAGCUUCGGAGGAGUCAGUGA